AUGUCAUCUUUCUGGAUAGCCCCUCAACAGCCAACCCGACCGCAGACUGAUCCCAGAGGACCCUCUCGGCCUGAACCCAAAGGAACCCCCCAAACUCCACUACCAAAUCGACCUCGCCAAUUCAAAGUACCCCAGAAGGAACUCGCAGUCCAGCUAGUCGAAUUCGAAGAACUAGCCGCCCACACAGCAAAAUGUGAUGUCUGUGACAAACGCAACACAGAUGGCAUGGUGCGGUGCAAACCAUGCGGAUGGCAAUGUUGUCGUCGGUGUCUCGCUGAAAGAAGUGGUGAUCGGACACAUCCCAAGGCUGGGAAUCUACAUGUCCCAGACGACACGCCGAGAUCGAACAUUCAGAACAUCCAGAAUCCAAAUCCAAUCACGCCGAUGACGGCCAAACAGAGUUCGAAUAGAGUGCAGCGUAUGGCUACGCCAUAUGCUAGCCCUGAGGAAGAGGCAGCUUUGAUUCUUCUGAAUCUGAAGAACGACAAGAGGAAUGCGGGUGGAGCUACGCGUACCGGUGGACAGGUCGAGGGCCCUUCUCAACUGCCUGACCUCCCCAUGGACGAUGAUAUGGAAAUGGACAGCGAUGCGACUGAGCUGAUGCCCGGGAUGGGCAGCGAAGACGAAACGGAGGAUGAGGAGGAUUUACCGGAUAACCUCGUGAAUGUGCGUCGAAAUCCUUCCCGCAGGGCGAGACCGGCUGACAUGAAGGAGUGA